ACCCGCACCAGCCAUAGCCAGCACUGAGCCAACCCCACGGUCCAUCCGAGAGCGGUCGAGUCGAGCCCCGAGCGGCCGAGCCCGCACGGCGCACGCGGAGCCCCGCUUAAGCGCAGCGCCACCAUCCCGCCGCCGCCGCCGCCGGUUCCCUUAGUUUCUCGCGCUCCACGCCGCCGCGGAAGCGCGAUCACGCGGGGGAAGCCCCGCCUCGAGCUCUGGGCUGCAGCUCCGAGCCGGGGCGGCGCGCGCUCACUCGUAUCAGGAGGUCCCGGGCCCGGAGGCUUCGAUGCAGAACCACGCGUACAGCCAGCUGGGCAGCUCCGGGGGCGGGGCGGCCGUGCCGUCGCCGCCGACGUCGCCGUGGCCGGCGUUGGGGAGGAGGGCCUCGGCGAAGGGAGGAUGGUCCGCGCGGGGCGGCGCGGGUGCCGCGCGGAGGGCGGCGCGGGCGGUGCUCGCGGCGCUGCUGCGGCGGCAGGCGGUGUUCCUCUUCGCGCCGCUGCUGUACGUCGCGGCGAUGCUGCUCUACAUGGGCUCCAUCUCGCUCGAUAGCGUGCCCCGCAUCAUCUCGCGCCCCGCGCCCGGGUCGAUGUACCGCAGCCCGCAGCUCUACGCCCGCCUCCGCGCCGACAUGGACGCCGAUAACGCCACCGACGCGCUAGCAACUGUAUGGCGGCAUGCUUACAAAGGUGGUAUUUGGAGACCUUGCAUAAGCAAUAACACCAAUGGUUUGCCUGAAUCAAAUGGCUACAUUUACAUUGAGGCAAAUGGCGGUUUGAAUCAACAGCGAACAUCGAUCUGCAAUGCGGUUGCUGUUGCUGGCUUUCUAAAUGCAACUCUUGUAAUCCCAAACUUCCACUAUCACAGCAUUUGGAGGGAUCCUAGCAAGUUUAGUGAGAUUUAUGAUGAGGAUCACUUUAUCCAACGUUUAAAAAAUGAUGUCCGGGUGGUUGAUAAGGUGCCUGAGUUCAUAAUGGAGAGGUUUGGUCACAAUUUGAGCAAUGCAUUUAAUUUCAAGAUAAAGGCUUGGUCUCCUAUCCAGUUCUACGAAGAUGUUGUUCUCCCCAAGUUGGUUGAAGAAAGGCUCAUAAGGAUAUCACCUUUUGCAAAUCGGCUGUCGUUUGAUGCCCCUCCGGCUGUUCAACGUCUCAGAUGUCUAGCAAAUUUUGAAGCCUUAAAAUUUUCUAAACCAAUCACAGCUAUAUCUAACACCUUAGUUUCUCGAAUGAGAAAAAAAAGUGCUGAAAACAAUGGGAAAUAUGUAGCAGUGCAUCUCCGCUUUGAAGAGGAUAUGGUUGCUUUCUCUUGUUGUGUAUUUGAUGGAGGUGACAAUGAGAAGAAGGAAUUGGAUGCAGCCAGAGAAAAAGGUUGGAGAGGGAAGUUUACAAGGCCAGGACGCGUAAUAAGGCCUGGAGCAAUCAGGAUGAAUGGGAAAUGUCCACUGACACCUUUGGAGGUUGGAUUAAUGCUGCGUGGAAUGGGUUUCAGCAAUAAUACUGCGAUAUAUUUGGCUUCUGGAAGGAUAUAUAAAGCAGAAAAGAACAUGGCUCCUCUCCUUGAAAUGUUCCCUCUCUUACAGACAAAAGAGACAUUAGCAUCGGAUGAAGAACUUGCUCCAUUCAAGAACUUCUCGUCAAGGACGGCAGCUAUUGAUUACAGUGUCUGUGUUCAUAGUGAGGUUUUUGUGACUACCCAAGGCGGCAAUUUUCCUCAUUUUCUUAUUGGCCAUAGGAGAUACUUAUAUGGCGGCCAUGCCAAAACGAUCAAGCCUGAUAAAAGAAGAUUGGCCAUACUCUUUGACAGUCCACGUAUUGGGUGGAAGUCACUGAAACGACAAUUGUUCAAUAUGAGAGCACAUAGCGAUGCCAAGGGCAUUGAGAUAAAAAGAGCAAAUGAAUCUGUGUACACCUUUCCAUGCCCUGAUUGCAUGUGCCGUUCAAACAAAUCAGAACACUCCAAAUCCAUCCAGGCCAGAUAGCAUCUAAUAGUUGUAUCUUGACAUGAUUGACUGAACCAAGCUGUUCUUGGUGUCAUGGCAUCCUUGAUUCCUUAUUUUUUGCAUGCCAUCUGGUGGUGUGAUGUUCCAUAUCCUCCAAGCAUCCCUACUGAACCCUUGAUCAUCCAUUCCGUCCUCCCUGGUGGCUUCUUGCUUGUAUAGCCUUGAGCGACUGAGAUAUAUCAAAUUCUUUUUAUCUAAUCCCUGGUGCUAACAAUACACACUGAUUCAUUUCUACAAUAGAUGUAUGUAACAAUGUCUAGGGCUAUGUUAACAACUUAGUGCUAAACCACUCAGUGCAGUAGUAGUUCCCUUGUACAAUGCUUAGGUGGGAAGCAAUUGUCAUACACAAUUUUGUAGCAAAUACGAUAUUGUUCCUUUUGGUUAAAUUUAUUGACCAUUUCUCAGAAUUCAGCUCGUCUCUUUGCUGUAUCUUUCUAGUGUAUUUUUUGCGGUAACUUGGUUGGACACUAAGUAAUUGCUACCAGUUUAAAGAUGGAAACAGACUAAAGGUAAACUGUACUAGAUUCUAAUUCUUGGUGUUCCCACUCGAGAAGCAAGCAGGAUGUCCUUAGUGAUUGCAUUGUGCCCAUGUUGCCCCUAGAGCAGCAAGCAGGAUCUGUAUAGUGGCUGCAUUGCUUCUGAGGAUAAGGGAUUGUCUGAAUGAUUAAGCAUAUCAUGGCAAAGGUUUUACGAUCGUGGCGGGUCUUCGACUCUUCACAUUUGCGUCAUCCAGUACUUGGAAAGGAAGUUGGUCCAUUCUUUGGCAGGUGAUUUUGCUACUGAUAAUAUCUCUCAAACCGAGCUCGAUGUUACGGUCAUCCCAGAGCUGCAGACCCUGGAAAACCAGCUCGCAGGAGGAAAGGCUGGGGGUUCCUGCUUUUUUGGACUCAAGUUUCACCCUCUAAAAGUAACCCUGCUCUAGCUUACUCACUGCCAUGUUACUGUUCACGUGCCCCAUUUGAACCCUAGGGCAUGGCAAGGGUUCCGUCUCCUGGACAUGCACGCCAGAACAAACAUACUCCCUCUGUUCCUUUUAACUGUCGUCGUCGGUGUAUGUGUCACAAGUUUGACUCGAUUUGUAGAAAAAAUAUGCAACAUUUGUAUCUCCAAAUAAAUUUGUUAAAAACUAGAUUAAAAGAUUUAUCUAA